CGAUGUCACCAGCAUACGACGGCUACAACAAGUUCAAGAGACAGCACCAAAAUACGACAACCCCAAACGAAACGAAGCACCUACAAACAAUGAAACCGAGAACAACGACACCAAAGAGCAAUGA